CUGGAGCCGGUCAAAUUCCCACCCUAAGCGAAACUGGGUUAUGGAAGAAGGUGAAUGUUUCGCUUGGGAGAUGGUCCGCACAGGUCGAUUGACGCGCCCACAGUUGAUGGACAUUCGGGCAGCGUUUCGCUUUUUCGACAAAAACGGAGACGGAGUUAUCACAACUGAGGAACUGGCUACCACAGUGCAAUAUCUGGGACACCAGGCUUCGUCAGCUGACUUACAAGAUAUGAUGAACCAAGUUGACAAAGAUGGUAACGGUUGCAUUGACUUUAAGGAGUUCAUUGGAAUGAUGUGUGAUUAUUUCGAAAAACUGUCCAAAUCUCCGAACGGUGAUGUGUACCAGCGAGUGUUCACGGAGUUCGAUCGAAAUGGAGAUGGUUUCAUCGAUGUUGAGGAAUUGGAAUCUACAAUGAAAGCAAUAGGUGUGGCACUGGACAUAUCCGAAAUUCGCGAGAUGAUUGAAGAGGCCGAUUGCGACGGAGACGGACGUGUCAGCUUCCAAGAAUUCGUCCAAAUCCUGCAACCAUGAAC